AUGGAUGCUUUAAAGACACUGAGAACUGAGAUUGCACCUCUGUGUGUACAUACUAAUAGACUUCAUGAGCUUUCUUCCUUCAUUGUGUCUCCAUCACAGACUGCUCUCGAUGGAACUUCUGAUCAGCGGUUAAGGAUCAGGUCACGUAAAAAAUUACUGGAGGAAUUGAAAACAUUGUUGCCCUCUAUGGUGAUGAUUCCAGAAAAUCGAUUGGUGCUUCUUGUUGAACAGGCUCUUGACUUGCAAAGGGAUGCUUGCAGGUUUCACAACUCCUUGGUUGAGGAAAUGUCAUUGCUCUCCGAUCAUCAGUGUGGAAGAGACCACAUGCCUUCUCAAACUUUACAGAUACUACAAGAACACAGUAAUGAAGUCUGGUUCUUGCAAUUUUCUCACAAUGGAGACUACUUGGCCUCGUCAUCCAGUGAUUGUCUAGUGAUUAUAUGGGAGGUAAAAGAGGAUGGUCGAAUUUCCUUGAAGCAUAGAUUAUCUGGUCACCAGAAACCUGUCUCCUAUAUUUCAUGGAGCCCUGAUGAUUGUCAACUUCUUACUUGUGGAGUAGAAGAGGCUGUUAGACGUUGGGAAACUGGAUCUGGAGAUUGCCUCCACGUAUAUGAAAAAAGUGGCCUCGGUUUGGUCUCUUGUGCAUGGGCACCGGAUGGUAGAAGGAUAUUUUGUGGUGUUACUGACAAAAGCAUCUGCAUGUGGGAUCUGGAAGGGAAAGAGGUAGAGUGUUGGAAAGGGCAAAAAACUAUUAGAAUUUCAGACUUGGGGAUAUCUAGUGAUGGGAAACAGCUUAUUACUGUUUGUAAAGAAAAUAUGAUAUCAUUGUUUGGAUGGGAAUCAAAUUCUGAGAAAUUCAUUGAGGAGGAUCAUACUAUUAUUUCAUUUGAUUUAUCUAAAGACAACAAGUUUUUACUUGUUAGUUUAUCGAACCAAGAACUCCAUCUGUGGAAUAUAGAUGGGAGUGUAAGGCUAGUAGCCAAAUACAAAGGUCACAAGCGUUCUCGUUUAGUUGUGAGGUCUUGUUUUGGUGGACUAGAUCAAGCAUUUAUUGCCAGUGGAAGUGAGGACUCGCAGGUUUAUAUAUGGCACAGGAUCUCAGGAGAGCUCAUUUUUACAUUACCUGGACAUUCUGGGGUUGUCAAUUGUGUUAGCUGGAAUCCAGCUAAUCCUCAUAUGCUGGCUUCUGCAAGUGAUGAUCGGACUAUUCGCAUAUGGGGCUUAAAUCAGGUUGAAAUGACUGAAAAUGGGAAGCAUGGUACCGGCGUCUGCUACUGUAAUGGGGCAACUUGA